CUCAAAGAGCGCGGCAUUGAUCUCAUGGCAUAUCAGAGACAAACCGAUGGACCAAAUGAUAGCAUAGAUAUGAAACGGAGGACAUCUGUCACACCAUCAAUGGUCUCAUCUCUUAGUGAGGGAUCGGAAGGGACGGACGUUAGGGAACCGAUAGAAGCAAACGAACAGGAAGUGAAACCUGAACUCAAAAUGAUUGGAUCCGUUGAGACAAAUAUUUAUAUGGAGUACAUUAAGGCGGGCGCUCGACCUCUGCUCAUAACACUUACCAUUUUGACUAAUCAAAUAAACAAUAAACCAGACGAAGUGGACCAGACAUUCAAUAUAAUAGUGUACACGAGUCUAAUGAUUGGUCUGUUUGUGUCGGCCCUGUUGUCCACCAUUUGUUUCUACAUAAUGUGUAUGAGAUCUUCGGUUAAUCUCUAUAACCGAAUAUUCUAUGCAUUAUUGCGAUCACCGAUACAUCUCUUCGAGAGUUCGCCCAUUGGGCGAAUACUUAAUAGGUUUUCAAAAGACACGGGAAUUGUCGACGAAGUGUUACCAUCGGUUGCUUUUGAAUUUAUUAUUGUAAAUUAUGCCCGGAGUCCGGUGUACUCUCACGUGAACACAACGCUGUGUGGGCUGACAUCGAUCCGUGCGUUCGGCGCACAGCAUAUGUUUGAGCGUCAGUUUGAAGUCCACCAAAACGACAACACCUCUACUUUUUUCCUAUUCAUCUGCACUUCACGAGCACUCGGAGUCUUAGUGGACAACAUUUGCGUAUUAUAUCUCAGUUGUGUUAUUGUGUAUAUCAUGACCACCAAUGAUAAUAUUCCCGGAGGAAAUGCUGGACUUUUGUUGACAUCGGCCCUGUCGAUUACGGGUUUGGUGCAAUGGUCUAUUAAAUCAUCGACUGAUACCGAGUCCCAUAUGACUUCUGUCGAGCGAGUCUUAGAAUACACAGCCAUUAAACUCGAGGCAGAGCUCGAGUCCACUCCCGACCGGAAACCACCCAAAGAUUGGCCACAAAUGGGAGAAAUA